CGUACUGGUACAUUGUACUAUUUAACGCCCACCAGCAUCGUGACAACGUUGAUAGAAAGCUGUAUUAUAUGAAAGCCGUAUCAUAGAGGGAAUUAUCUAUGCUGGUGACCAGAUUUAGGGGAGAUAGUGAGGUGCUGCGGAGAGUAGGUGAGAAUGCAGAGGCACAUCAGACAAUAGCCAGCCCCAGCUGUGUCGCCAGGAGUGGGUUUCCGCCGCUGUGGAACGCUACCACCUCUACCCAAGACUCUCGGGUUCCCAAAUGUACAGCGAAGCGGGCCAAGGUAGCUUUGGGAAGACUCAGGACUGGACCCGUCCCAUCUUCAGCUCAGGUCCCUUCCCACCACGGCUGUGGCAUCCCUGUCAGGUCAUCUGCUCUGGAAAUCGUGGGACAGGGUGCAAACAGCUACGGACAACUUGGCCUUGGCCAUAAGGAAGAUGUGUUUCUGCCCCAGCAACUGAGUGACUUCUGUCAAGCUUCGUGUAUCAAGAGUGUCACAGGAGGAGGAGGGCAUUCUGCAGUUGUCACAGAGAGAGGAGGCCUUUUUGUUUGUGGCCUGAAUAAAGAUGGGCAGUUGGGGCUUGGUCACACAGAGGAAGUUCUGUGUUUCACCAUUUGCAAGCCUCUUCUUGGUUGUCCCAUCCGACAGGUGGCCUGUGGCUGGGACUUUACCAUCAUGCUUACAGAAAAAGGUCAGGUUCUGUCAUGUGGAUCCAAUGCCUUUGGCCAGUUAGGUGUGCCGCACGGCCCCCGCAAAUGUGUGACUCCCCAGGCCGUUGAGUGCCUGAGAGAGAAGGUUGUUUGUGUCGCUGCUGGACUGAGGCAUGCCUUAGCCACUACAGCGACUGGCAGUGUGUUCCAGUGGGGAACUGGCUUGGCAUCUUCUGGUCGACGCUUGUGUCCUGGGCAGAAUCUCCCAUUGUUUUUGACAGCAAAGGAACCCAGCAGAGUGACAGGCCUAGAAAAUUCUACAGCCAUAUGUGCUGUUGCAGGAUCUGACCACUCGGCCUCAUUAACAGAUACAGGAGAGCUGUAUGUCUGGGGCCGUAACAAGCAUGGGCAGCUGGCCUCCCUCGAUGCAUUCCUUCCUGUGCCCCAGAGAAUAGAAGCACAUUGCUUUCAGGAUGAAAAGGUCACUGCUGUCUGGAGUGGCUGGACACACCUGGUUGCUAAGACAGAAACUGGCAAGGUGUUUACCUGGGGUCGAGCAGACUAUGGUCAGCUAGGGAGGAGGUUGGAGUCUCCUCAAGCUCAGAAGCCUGUAGAGCAGGACUCAGUGCUCACCUUCCAGAGGCCGCAGAACAGUGUGCCUUCACCUCUGCAUUGCCUGACGGGAGCAGCGGAGUGAAGAAAACAUUGUGGCCCACUUGCUUAUUCAAGUCCCCGUGGUUCUCUGAAAUGACCUGAAGUUCUCCGUUUAAGGCAGGAGUCUUAAUUUCUCCAGGGUGUAUGUUUCUGUCACUGAAUUUUACUUCACUGAGUUUUUUUGUUUGUUCUUAAAGAAAGGCUAGGGCUUUUAGAAGAACGGAUGUCAGGAGCCAUGUCUCUGAGCUAGAGUUAGUUUAAUGAAGGAAUUCAGUCUUCAUUCAAAGUCUGUCAGAAAAAUUAAUAAGCUUGUGAGACUUCUGUAAUUAGCAAGAGGCUAAUUACAACCCUCUCCACACCUGGAGGGCUUCCCUUCCCCAGGGCCACCUGGCUACCUCCUUCCCUGAAUGUAGGAUGUCUGUUUCCAUUUCCUGUCCUAACCGUCAUUCUCCCGAGUCCUUCCUCUGUGCCACAAAGGCAGUAUGUACACAACAAUGAUAAUAAGCCUGCUUCUAACCUCCUACCCCAACUAAAGUCUAUUCUUUUUGCAUAUGCAGGAGCUCAUACUUGUAAAAGGUCAGAGGUAGUGUUUGUGAUUUGUUUCAGCCUUUGUUUAUCACAAGUGCUGUUUUAUUUCCUCUUGGCCUUAAAAUGAACAUGCAAAAUGACUGCAGAGAGCCAGCGAGAUGGCUCUGCAGGUAAAGAAGCCUGCCACCAAGCCUGUUGACCUGAGUUUUAUCCCUGGAACCAACAGAAUGGAAGGAGAGAAGCGACUCCCUUAAGCUGUCCUCCAGCUUCCAUCAUGUGCUCUGACAUGCAUAUUUUUACUUUAUUUAUUUAUUUAUUUAUUUAUAUCACUGCUACUGAACUAAGCAGCGAGAGCCUGUCCAUCUGCUUCUUUUAGACUCUUGGCGAUGGGUUCA